UUUCAGAUUGACCACUACUAGAGCUCUUCUCUCACUUCUUCUUCAUCUUUCUUCAUUCAAAUCUUACAACUCCUUAUAUCGACCGCUCAUUAAUCGGAUGCGCGGUCUGUCCGACUGAAUGGAACAACUUAGUAUUCAAACGGACGAGUUGCAAGAUCAGUUUUCCAACUGCUCGCCAGCUUCUGUCGAUAGUAGCUACUCAUCCUGCUCCAGCGUGGAGGACGAAAUCGAAAUCUACACACGCCUCGUGCGUAACGAAGAACCUCUGCGAAGGGACUUCUUCCGCGAGAUGUCGAAAAACUCUUCGUGCUCCUCAUCAUUCGACUACGGAGAGUUUGGACCAUCUUCCUCGUCUCGCAAAGGCUCCAAAACCACCGAUGCCGACCUCGACAGCCUUUUCCAUUCUCUUGUGGAGACAAGCGAUCAGGUGAACACUGUACCAAAGCCCACGAAAACCGAAGUCGAGAGUAUCCCCGAAGAAUUCGAGCAGAAACCAUCCUCCUCCAGUCACCGUUUACCAUCCGAAAUGAACGCCUCAAUCACCCAUAUCAAAAGUGAACUUGACCCAACUAUGCAAGCAUUUCAAAUGCCACACAACGAUCUUUUCCUGGCAACCGCCGCACCGCAUUACAAUCCAUUCGCACUUUCGAAUGAUUUCAUGCCGAAUCCCUUGAUGCCUUCAUUCACAUCUCCAUUCUAUCCUCAACACUUUCCGGUAUCGGAUUCCAGGCGUGGAAGUCAGGGGACAACGAGCUCGUCGAACAAUACCGGCGGAACACCAUCGCCUCAUUCAAGCUCUCUGCCAACGUCACCCCCGCAGUUGCAAGGCUUCUUAAGAUCCUUCCUCAACCCCGACAACCUCUCCACACCAACCUCAUUCGGUGUCCCAUCGGAAACAGCUCUUGACGCUGACAAAAUGUGCGCUGUGUGCAAUGAUCGAGCUGUUUGCCUGCACUAUGGAGCCAGAACUUGCGAAGGAUGCAAAGGAUUCUUCAAGCGAACUGUGCAGAAGAACUCCAAAUACACUUGCGCUGGUAACAAGACCUGCCCAAUCGACAAGCGAUACCGUAGUCGGUGCCAGUACUGUCGCUAUCAAAAGUGUUUGGAAGUCGGCAUGGUCAAAGAAAUUGUUCGACAUGGUUCUCUAUCGGGGAGACGUGGACGUUUGUCGUCAAAGACGAAGUUGGCAAGAUCAGAGGAUCAACCAUCUCCACCGCUUCCUCUUCUAGCUUUGAUGGGAAAAGCAAUUGAAGAUCAUACAAAUAUGACUGUUGUCCGGCAAUUUAUGCAACCAUUCGAUGAGACUAUCGCACUGAGAAUCCUGCACGGAGAGCUUCAUGCCACCAAGAAGCUUCUCAUGGCAAUGCCACAAAUUUCCGAGAUUCAGCCAGCCGACUUCCAGAUCCUCCUCAGCAGAUCUUUCUUCGCAAUCAUGGCAAUCCGCGUGGCAAACCGAUGUGGCAACAGCACCGACACAAUUAUGUUCGAGUCUGGAGAGCUUUUCUCGUUGAACGCGUUCCCUGCCUGCUUCCAACAAAUCAUUCGAUUCAUGGUUGACAAAGCACGAACCUUCAGCUCAUUGGUUGACUGGGAGCCUCAGGCAUUCGCCGCCUUUAUUGCUCUUCAAUUUUUGGCUGGAAACACAGAACAUAACGUACUUGGAUUGACCAACAAACCUCUCGUCGACCAGGUUCAAAGUACCAUCAUCAAUGCUCUCAAGGAUCAUUGCAGCGGAUCUCAGAACAAAUUGGCCAAGAUCGUUAGAUUGACCCAAGAAUUCGAUGUAUUCCAUGCUCUUGGACUCCAGGCCCUGGACAUUCUCUAUCCAUCACACCAGCUUCCAGAAGAGUUCAUGUUCCUUAUCAAUCUUACACGUGCUCCAUUACGAUCUACGGAUGCACCGCCAGCUUGUGGAAGCCCAGUUGCCCCAUCUGGAAGUUCACUUUUUAACUUCCAAAUGGGCCCGGCUGCCUUUUAAAAUUUUUUAAAUGUUUAAAAUUUUAAAAAUUUAAAAUUAAUAUAUUUUUCAAAAUCGCUAGCCCCAUUGAAUUGCAUAUCGCAAAGAUUUCUAAUUUAUUUUGUUUCCCCACUACUGUCUCAAACAAAAAAUCACUUCCAGAAAAAUUUCAAAUAACUUGUUACCGGUACUUUCCCAACAAUUUUUGCUCCUUGAACCUCAAAUCUCUCAGAAUUUGUCCCCCCAUUCGGUUUUUAUUUUAUGAAAAGCCUCUAGUUUUUGUGUGAAUUCCAAUCCCCGAAUAUCAAUUUUGUUUUGUUUCAAUUUUCAGAGUUUAUUUAUUUUAACUGAUAUUUCUUGAAAUUAUUGUAUAGAAAAAGAAAACCAUAAAUUAUAUAUUUU